AUGCUCACACUAGCUGCUCGCCGAUCGCUGCUCACACAAAAAUGCGCGGUAUCCACAUACAGCGGUCUGACUUCUGCAGAUUUCAUGAAAAAGAAGACGAAUGAGCCGAUUUUGGAGUAUAGAAAAGGAAGUAAAGAGCGACAAGACUUGGAAUCGGCACUGGCACAUUAUAGCAAGAACAUCACCGACAUCCCAUUGAGAAUCGGAGACAAGAAAAUCACGAAUAAAUUGGAGAAAAAACAAGUUAUUCCAUCCGAUCACCGCUCGACGCUCGCUCGUUACACACAUGCAACCGGAGAACAAAUUCAAGAAGCCAUCGAUGUGGCACUUCAGUCGAGAGCCGCUUGGGAGAGAAAACCACUCAAGGAACGUGCUGAAAUUCUCCUUCGUGCUGCUGAUUUGGCUGCCGGAAAGUAUAGAAUGAAGUUGAAUGCAGCGACAAUGUUGGGACAGGGAAAGAAUAUUAUUCAGGCAGAAAUCGACGCCGCCUGUGAGCUCAUCGACUUCUUCCGUUUCAACGCCGCUUUCGCUUUGGAACUCGAACAUUACCAGCCAAUUUCCACAAAAAUCACCAAAAACACGAUGCAAUUCCGUGGAAUGGAGGGAUUCGUCGCCGCCAUCGCCCCAUUCAACUUCACAGCAAUCGGAGGAAAUCUGCCGACAGCGCCGGCACUCAUGGGAAAUGUGUCGCUUUGGAAACCAUCGGACACGGCAGUUCUCUCGAAUUAUUUGAUCUACGAGUUGCUUGAAGAAGCUGGAAUGCCGUCUGGAAUUCUCUCUUUCUUGCCUUCAGAUGGACCAGUUUUCGGUGACGUCAUCACGAGUUCUCCGCAUUUGAGUGCGGUCAAUUUCACUGGAUCCGUGCCCACUUUCAAAACGAUUUGGAGAAAAGUUGCGGAGAAUUUGGAUAAUUAUGUCACUUUCCCCAAGCUUAUUGGAGAAUGCGGCGGAAAGAACUUCCAUUUCAUUCACCCAUCCGCUCACAUCGAUGCCGUCGCCGCUGGUACAGCCCGUUCCGCCUGGGAGUACUCUGGACAAAAGUGUUCCGCGUGUUCGAGAGUCUACGCUCCGAAAUCAAUUUGGCCAAAAAUUGAAUCGAAAAUCGCUGAGAUUCAUAAAGAAAUCAAGUUGGGAGACGUUAGAGAUGGUUCUGUUUUCCUAUCGGCUGUCAUCGAUGACAAGGCAUUCGCUCGUCUGAAAUCUUAUAUAGAUUACGCGAAGACUGGUGCGGACGGGGCGAAAAUCGUUUUAGGAGGAAAAUGUGACGAUUCGACUGGAUAUUUCAUCGAGCCGACACUCAUAACUGUGACGAAUCCAAAAAGUAAAUUGUUGACUGAAGAGAUGUUCGGUCCGGUGGUCACUGUAUACGUUUAUGAGGAUUCGGAGGUGGAUAAGGUGUUGGAGACAGUCAAGGAUGUCACUCCAUACGGAUUGACUGGUGCUGUGUUCUCGCAGGAUAAGGAAUUCUUGUAUAGAGCUCGUGACGUUCUCCGUGACGCCGUCGGAAACAUGUAUCUCAACGACAAAUCCACCGGAUCCAUCGUCGGUCAACAACCCUUUGGCGGCUCCCGGAUGUCCGGUACCAACGAUAAGGCGGGCGGUCCCCAUUAUGGAUUGAGAUGGACGUCUCCACUGACGAUCAAGGAGACCUCAGUGCCACUCACCGACUGGAAAUAUCCAUCGAUGGAAUAA